AAGUCAUAAAUAGUUUGAUGUGGAAAAAUGAGUCGAAACCAAAUCAAAUAAAAUGAAGGUGUGAAAUAUUUACUUGAUUCUGGUGGUGCUACAAUUUCCCUCGGCGAGCGCAUAGCGACGGAGGGGGUGGCGGUUUCGCUUCAUUUCUUCAACAGAUAACCCAAAUUCUACACUUACCCACAAUUUACUUCGUGCAAAUUCUCUCCAAUUUCCAGAUCAUGGAUCCCAACCAGCCACCUGUGGAAAAUUAUGCUAACCCGAAGACUUGUUUCUUUCAUGUUCUUUUUAAGGCUGGAGCAUUGGCCUUUUACAUUCUUUCCUCUCUCUUUUUCAAUAGUUUUGUUAUCAUUUUUGUGGUGACUGUUUUUCUUGCUGCUCUUGACUUUUGGGUCGUGAAGAAUGUGAGUGGGCGUAUAUUGGUUGGUUUAAGGUGGUGGAAUGAAAUAAAUGAUCUGGGUGAGAGUGUGUGGAAAUUUGAAAGCCUUGAUCAAGAGUCAUUGUCUCGGAUGAAUAAAAAAGAUUCCUGGCUGUUCUGGUGGACCUUGUACCUCACGGCAGUUGCAUGGACUGUGCUGGGCAUAUUCUCGUUGAUAAAGUUUCAAGCUGAUUAUCUCCUUGUCGUAGGAGUUUGUUUGACUUUGAGCAUUGCAAACAUCAUUGGCUUUACCAAAUGUCGUAAAGAUGCCAAGAAGCAGUUUCAGCAAUUUGCCACUCAGACCAUUGCUUCUCAGUUCUCCUCUACAUUACAAUCAGCUUUCAGUGUUGUUUGAAGCAUCCUCCAAGCAAUGUGAAAGAAAGCAGAUGAAAGAAGAGCAAUGGCACAAGAGAUGUGUUGAGCAGCAGCUCUAAGGGCAUGUAAAUGUGCAUUAUUGUAGGUAUUACUGGGUUGGAUUGGAUUUGAUUGGUUGGUUGGUUGGUUCUAAACUUUUCUUUUUUCUUCUUUCUUUUUGGAUAUACAAAGAAAAAUAUUAAAUAAUUUUGUACAACUCCCCUUUUCCCAAAGUUUUGUGUUUGUGAAAAUCCAAUGAAGUGAAUCAUAGGGAAAAAAACAAUACAUUAAUUUUGGUUUAUCCAUGUAGUUAUAGUUUAAGGCACAUGCAAUGGAAGAAACAUUUUAUGCUCAUGUUUUAUCAUCA